AUGCAGAUCCUGAUGAGGGUGCCCUCUCUUCCCGAGCGGGACGAGCUGGACUGCAAUAUCUGCUACCUGCCCUUCAACCUCGAGGGCCGCGCGCCCCGCCGCCUGCCCGGCACGGCGCGCGCCCGCUGCGGUCACACGCUCUGCACCGCUUGUCUGCGCGAGCUGGCGGCGCGCGGCGACGGCUCCGGGGCGGCCGCGCGCGUGGUGCGCCUGCGCCGCGUCGUCACGUGCCCCUUCUGCCGCGCGCCCACCCCGCUCCCGCGCGGCGGGGUCGCGGACCUCGCGAUCGACCCCGACGUCUGGUCGCGGUUGGAGAAAAAGGCGCCGGCCGCCAGCGAUGCCGCCGAGGCGGGGAGCGACGAUGCCCCCGACGGCAGCGACGCGGCGGCGACACCCAGGAGCGCGGGCUGGCGCGCGCUGCGGCGGGUCUGGGGCGCCCUGCAGGCCUCCUCGAGGCGGUGGCGCCGGCCGCUGCCCUGCCACGUGCUGUACUGUCCGGAGAUCAAGGACUUGGCUCACAUGACCCGCUGCACGCUGUGAUGGAGGACCCGGGAAGCUAAAGGCCCAAGGAAGGUGGGAGCUGCGGUCCUGGACGUAGAUGCCAGAUGCCAGAACUACCCCCUCACAGCAUGCAUUGACACUGAUGAGGGAGUUGAGCCAAGGGCAGGAGAAAAUGGCAGGAAGGUUGUUGAUGUUAAGUUAGGGAGACUCCUAGGCGACUUCUCCCCCCAAUCUACUGACUGUGCCAGACUUCUGAAUUCACUUCUUACACUCCAUCCCGGAGUGGCCAAGAAUGUUUGAAACACACUAUGUUCCCAUGGGAAGAUGGCAGACUUUCCGUAGCUGUGAUUUUGGCUUUUGUCCAGGGCAGCUCUGUGUGGGAGCAAUAGCAAUUCUGUGUCCGUGCCUUUAUUUAUUUUUUUUUAAUAGAUGGAAAGGGUAGUUUUCAUGUGUUAACUUCAUUUUUCUAGCAUGUGCUGAGCUGGCUGAAAAAAGUGUUAUUAUCCUCUCGGUACAGGUAUACUUACCUUUCCCCCUAACCCAGUACUAUGUUUCUAAAACUAUUGCAAGUCUUCUUUUUCUUAUGAGGGCAUUUAUGAGGCAUCAUCAAGAUUUAAAAGGUGGGGCUGGAGCCAUAGCACAGUGGGUAGGGAGUUCGCCAUGCAAAUGGCCAACCCAGAUUCGAUUUCCAGCAUCCCAGCACUGCCAGGAGUAAUUCCUGAGUGCAGAGCCAGGAGUAACCCCUGAGCAUUGCUGGGUGUGGUCCAAAACGCAAAAACAAAAGAAUAAGAGGUAAAGGGACCAAACAAUUGUAGGCCUUAAAGUACUUAUCUUUCUGUUUUGUAAUAUUUGGGAGCAGAGGGUUGGGCCACGCUUAGCGGUGCUCAGGGGUUACUCCUAACUCUCUACUCAGGGAUCACUCCUGAUGGGCUUAGGGGACCAUAUACAGUACGAGGGGUUGAACCCAGUUGACCACAAGCCCUACCUGCUGUACUAUUACUCCAGCCCCCUUAAACUUUUAAAUUUUUGUUUAUUUUUUGGUUUUUGGACCAUACCUGGUGGUGCUCAGGAGACUGUAUGAGGUGUUGAGUAUCAAACCAGGGUCAGCCAUGUGCAAGGCAAGUGCCUUAACCCUUAUACCAUCUCUCUAGCCCUCAGAGGUUCUAAACUUUUGAUAUCUUGGGUGAUCUUUACAUCACAGGAACAUACUAUUGAAAAAAUUACACAAUUUUAAACUUGUGUUCCAUAAUCAGAAGUCAGGUAUUUUAUGCCAUGGUUUCCAUUGUUAAAUCCUCUAAAUGUCUUACAUUAGUAUAGUUAUAAUCAGGGACUAGCAGCAGCAGUAUCACUGGGAACUUAUUGGAAUGCAGGAUUUCAGAAACUGACUUGAGUCUCUUGAUCAGAAUUUGUAUUUUAACAAGAAUCCCAGAUGGCGUGUUCACAUAGAAAAAAAAAAAAGCUGAGCGACAGUACAGGAGUUAAGUCACCCCUGAGCAUCACUGGAUAUAUGGCCCAAAAAUCCAAAAGAAAAGAAAUCAAGCAUUGUUUCAGGUCCUAGACUCUAGGUCAUUACCAUGUCUUGGUGGGAUACAGAUGAUAAGGGGCCAGGGUGAUGACUCAAAGGACCAAAGCACAUACUUGACAUGCUGGAGCCUCAGGCUGUUCCCAGGUACUCAUAGUCCCAAGCACAGCUGAGGGUACCUCAUCUGUCAAAAUGCCACUUGCAGUACAGAAGAUAAGAUGUUUGCCUUGCACACAGCCAUCUAAGGUUUGAUCCGUGGUAUCACAUAUGCCCCCAAGCCCUGCCAAGGCUCAGAGUGGAACAGCUACAAGGUGCUGUAAUCCCAGAGCAUAGCGAUAGGAGUAGGUCUUGAGCACCACCACAUGUGACCUCUCCCACCCUUCCAAAGAAAGACAGUUGGUAUAAAUCAGUGUUUCUCAAUCUUUUCAGACUGUGACCCACUUUCAGUCUUUCUUGUUUCCUUCCGGUGGAUGCCCCAUCCUAACUGUGGGCUCCCUAAUCAUGGCUGUGGCCACUCAUUUGUGGAAUUUUCACCUGGGGGCCCCCAGUUGAGAAACUGGAAUAAAUGAUGAACCUUAUCAAAGGUUCUAAAGUAAUAUUCUGUUACUGAAGAAAUCUAAAUUCUUUGUAUUUUCCUGUUUAUUGUAUUGCAUUUUCCUGAGUCAAAAGUGUGAACUUUUAAGUCUAAACUUCAGGCUUUAUAAUCAGUGUUUUGGCAUUUUUCUCUCUGACUUGAAUGUUUCUUCGUUUGAGGGUUCUUCCUCAGCAUUCUACCCAGCGUGGACCCUUUCCUCACCAGGGCUGUAUGGCAGUUUCCAUUGCUUUUUAUUCUCGUGUUGUAAAUAUCCUUCAUUAAAAUGUAAACUGUAUGAGAACAAUGACUAAUGAAUGGCUGCUAUUUACAGAGCCAGUGCUAUUGUACAGUAUUUAUUCAAUAAAUUUUUUAAUCUUUUCUUAAUUUGUCUCA